GAAGUACAAUACCAAUACUGCAGUAUACAAUUUAACUUAUAUUUAAACAACUGAUAUUUAACAUUUAUUUCAGUAGAAAAUAUUGUUUCAUAUAAAUGAUAGAAAAUAAAGAUUAUAAUAUAUUUAUAAAGUUGUGAUAUGGCCCCACUUAAAUAGAUUUUCUACCAUUAUGUUGUAUAGAUCUGGAAAGAUUCAUAUUUAAGGGGCAAAUAUAACACACAAAAAGCUAACUGUACUAAACGCUUGUGCUGAAUCAACAUCACAUAUGUAAUAAUCUAAUCAGCUGAUCUGUAUCACAUGAACUGUUAUGUGUGCCUUUAAUUAUACCAUACGUACAGUUAAUCAGAACCAUUAUUUAUUAUUAUUAUCUGUCUAAACCAUUUAAUAUACUUUUUACAGACACGGCCAGAGCACUGAGAGAUAUCGGGUAUUGAUGUAACUGGAGUGAAUAAGGGAACCUUCUUCCUGAACACAGACAUUGGAGCCUGUUAUCAGCAUGAACUCAUAUGUGUUAGACAAAAACAUCAAUAGUUCAUAUCCAUCCUUCAAUACAGUCUUAGACACCAAUGACUAUUCACAAACAUUGAUGAUAUCACAGCAGAUAUUUAAAGGAGAUGGUGAAUUGGCAGGAACUGGGCAGCAAUUAGUCAUCAAACAAGAGGAUAACAUUUAUGCCUUAUCUAGUGAAAUUAUUAUCCCCGAGGAUAAACCACACACAUUUACCGAGUUUUCAAAAAAUAUUAAAGAAGGGAAAAGUCUACAGUCUAGCCAAAUGAUUCAUACACAAGAGAAACCUUUCAAAUCUUCAGAAUGUGAGAAAAGCUUUAGAGGGAAGUCUCAUCUACUAGACCACUAUGAAAUUCACACAGGUGAGAAACCACACACAUGUACUGAGUGCGGCAAAUGUUUUACACGAAUGAAUCAUCUGAAAACUCAUAAAAAGAUUCACACAGGAGAAAAGCCUUUCACAUGUGCAGAGUGUGGAAAAUGUUUUAUAGAAAAGAGUCAUUUGAAAACUCAGAAAAAGAUUCACGCAGGGGAGAAGCUGUACACAUGCACAUACUGUGGAAAAGGAUUUACAAUAAAGUGUAAUCUGAAAAAGCAUGAAAGGAUUCACACAGGAGAAAAGCCGUUCACAUGUACAGAAUGUGGAAAAAGUUUUACACAAAAGAGUCAUCUGAAAUCUCAUGAAAGGAGUCACACAGAGGAAAAGCUUUUCACAUGUACAGAGUGUGGGAAAGGUUUUACACAAAUAAAUGGUCUGAGAACUCAUGAAAUGAUUCACACAGGGGAAAAGCCUUUCACAUGUACAGAGUGUGGAAAAAGUUUUACACAAAAGAGUCAUCUGAAAUCUCAUGAAAGGAGUCACACAGAGGAAAAGCUUUUCACAUGUACAGAGUGUGGGAAAGGUUUUACAGAAAUAAAUGGUCUGAGAACUCAUGAAAGGAUUCACACAGGGGAAAAGCCUUUCACAUGUACAGAGUGGGGAGAAAGGUUUAUACAAAAGGGUGAUCUGAAAAAGCAUGAAAGGAGUCACACAGGAGAAAAGCCUUUCACAUGUUCAGAGUGUGGAAAACGUUUUACACAAAAGAAUGAUCUGAAAACUCAUGAAAGGAUUCACACAGGAGAAAAGCCUUUCACAUGUACAGAGUGUGGGAAAAGUUUUACACUAAAGAGUCAUCUGAAAUCUCAUGAAAGGAGUCACACAGGAGAAAAGCCUUUCACAUGUACAGAGUGUGGGAAAAGUUUUUCAGAAAAGAGUACUCUGAAAAAGCAUGAAAGGAUUCACACAGGAGAAAAGCCUUUCACAUGUACAGAGUGUGGGAAAAGUUUUAUACAAAUGAGUCAUCUGAAAUCUCAUGAAAGGAUUCACAAGGGAAGAAACCUUUCACAUGUUUAGAAAGUGGAGAAAAAGGUUUCCAUUGAAGUCAGGUAUCACAAAACACCAAAUAUUUACACACAAAAACUUUAUAAACACAGUGUACAAACCUUUUUACAAUUAUCCUAAAGAGGACAAACUCUCUAAAUAGAAGCAUCAAAAAGGAUCCUAUUGUAAAUAAUACUUUCUAAAUCCCAGUUAUAAAACCCCCAGAUUGGAAGUGCUCUCCUGCUGUCCUUUGUUCCUCUAUAUAUGUGCACCUCAGUUUCUCUCAUAUCAAUGUGAUAGAAUUUAAACACCACACAGGAAUAUACAGAUCUGCCCUCAUACUGACCAGUUUACACAACCAUUAACCCCAAAGCACCCCCAGUGUUGUUUAUUAAUAUGCCAGUUUUAGGAGUUGUACGUUUGAGUUACAUAGGGUAGAAAAUAAUUACAUUUACAUAAUAAAGGAGUCUUUAUAUGAAUAAAGUGUUAGAGAAUUAUAUAAUCAAGAACAUUAGUCUCAAAUGAUUGACAUCUAUGAGAUAUAUCUAAUGUGCACAUCAUAUGGAUAAACCUUUUCUUAUAGCAAUAGAUGCUUAGCAUUGUUAUAUACCAGAGGAAUUACUGAGGGGAAACUGAUUUUAUUUAAUGAGACACAAUAUCAGUAACCGGUACAUACAUGAUCAUAAUCAGUUUAAUUUAAAUGGCUACAAUAACCUACAUGUAUACUGGGUAUGUAAUAUGUGUGUCAUGUUCUGUAACUUGAUAUUAUGUCUGUUAGAUGUUUUCAUGUUAGUUAGAAGCCACAAGAACUGAUAAUAGUACAUACUGUAUAUAUAAAGGGAACAUUAUAUGUCUGAUAAAUCCCUUUGUAUCAAGAGCACAAGUGUUAGGUAUAUUUAUACCAUUGUGUGCAUAUAUCAUGUAAUGCUGCUUUUUACUAUAAUGAUAUACAAUGUUUUUUCAUGCAAAUAAAAAGUGAUUGUAAUCCA